AUCACCCUGCGCCGGAAUCUGACGUCAUCUGCCUACGCGAAGUCGCGCCGCAGUGACGCCAUCACCCCGCGCGGGCGCUGCCGGUGCCGUUCCAGGCCCGGAGCCCCCCAUGAGCCGCCGCCGCCGCUUCGGGGACACCGAGAGCGCCCUCGCGGCCAAGCGGCGCCGUCCGGAGCUGCCGGGGGAGCCCCCGCGCCCCGACGGCAGCCCCGCCGGGGUCGAGGCCGCUCUCGGCGCCGUGACCGCGCUGUUCCCGCGGCGCCUGUUCGGGGACGCGCUGCCGCCCCUGGUGCUGCGGCAUCAGCUCUACAGCCUGGUGGGGGACAGGACGGCCGUGGAUCGGCACCUGAACCGGCUCCGUGACGAGGGCCGGGUGCGGCUGCUGCACCUGGGGCUGGGCCCGGACACGCUCGGGGUCGUCAGCCUGGAGCUGUACCGGGAGAAGGUGCUGGCGGCCGUGUCGGGGUCCCCGCGGGAGCCGCUGGUUCGGCGAUUCCUGGAGGCCGCGGUGGCCGCGAGCCCCGAGCUGGGCUACGAACGGAGCGGGAUGGGAGAGAGGGGGUUCGGGGACAGCGACAUCACGCAGUUGGUGGCCGCCGGGCUGCUCACCGUCCGUGACGCCGGCAGUUGGUGGCUGGCCGUGCCGGGGGCCGGGCGCUUCGUCCGGGCGCUCAUCCGGGGCCGCCGGGCCGUCCUGGCUCUCAUCAAACGCUCCCGGCACCGCCAGGUUCCACUCAGGGACCUCGAGGGUCUCAGAGCCCCCCCGGGCGCCGCUCUGGGGGUCCCGUUCCUGCUGCACGACCUGCUGGGGGAGGGGCGGCUGCUGAGUGUCCCCUCCGCCGCCGGUCCUCUGCUGCGAUUGGCCGACCCCUGACUGGAUCAUCCUGAGGAGAUUUCCCGCCAAAUUUUUGCACUAGGGCGUGGCCAGACCUGACCACGCCCAUCUGGGGCAGGGCUAAAGUGGGUCAACCAAUCAUUGCCUGCUUUGGCCCCGCCCCCUCCACAUUCAGCCCCGCCCCCCGCGGGCCGGGGGCGUCCCCGCCCUUGGAUGGGGCGGAGCCAAGUGCAAUUAAAAAUAAAGUUAUUAAAAUACGA